CGUGUCACCUUGCCGUUAGAUUCCCCUUCAUGGCUGUCGCGGGAGCCAACCGGCCCCCAAAGUCCAAAACCGUCCCACACAUCCGCAAGUAAGAACUACACAGCUGAUACCACUGUUUGGUACCAGCGGUUUUCGAUUCGACCCCAACAGCGACCAAGUCAUCACCAUGGUCGACGACAAGGCGCACCAGCGCGUGCGAUCCAAGCUCCUGCCGGCCUAUCAGGGCAAGGGCAUCACCAACCAGGAGCAGGUCAUCGACGGGCAAAUUGCCAAGUUCGUGGGGCUGAUCGAAAAGAAGUACGUCUCGACGACAACGCGCGGGGCCGGCGGGAAGACGACGAAGCCGUUCGAUAUGGGCAAGGAGUUCUCGUAUUUCACGCAGGACGCCAUCUCCGCGGUCGAGUUCGGCAAGCCGUUUGGGUAUAUGGACGAGGAUGACGACUUCUAUGGCGCCAUUGCCGCCAUGGAGGGCAUGCUCCUGCCGUGUGCCCUCAUGGGCCUGCUGCAGCCGCUACUGUGGCUGGUCACGUCGCCGCUGGCCAAGCCGUUCAUGCCCCGGAAGACGGACAGACACGGCGUCGGGAGGCUGCUGGGGGUCAUUGACGGGCGCGUGAGCGAGAGGUAUGGGGAGAAGAAGGUUAGGAACAUGGACGUGCUGCAGGUUCUGGUGGACACGGGCUUGCCCAGGGAGGAGGUCGAGGCCGAGGCGCUGGUGCACUUGUUGGCUGGCACCGAUACGACGGCCGGGGCGCUGAGGAACACCGUCUUUUUCCUCUCGACGAACCCUGGGGCCUAUCGAAGGCUGCAGGAUGAGAUUGACAACGUCGCGGGGCGGGUGACGCGGCCGGUCAUUGCCGACGCGGAGGCCAGGGAGUUGAAGUUCCUACAGGCCUGUCUCAAGGAGUCGCUCAGGAUGUGGCCACCCAUCUCGGGUUUGCAGGCUAAGACGUCAGACACGGACGACGUUAUAUGCGGCCUGAACGUGCCCGCGGGCACAAACAUCGGGUUGAGCAUAUUUGAUAUGAUGAGGGACAAGGAUGUGUUUGGAGAUGAUGCAGAGGUCUAUGAGCCCUUGAGGUGGUUGGAGGCCGAGUCCGAGAAGUUGAAGGAGAUGGAGGCAACGCAGGGACUCGUCUUCGCGUCUGGAAGCAAGUGGGAGUGCCUGGGCAAGAGGUUGGCCAACAUUGAGAUGGGAAAGGUGCUGUUUGAGCUUUUUCUACGGUUCGAUUUCAAGAUGAUGAAUCCAGCUGAGCCUUUCAGAUGGACUCACAUGGGGUUCACGCUGCACGAGGACAUGAACGUCAUUAUCACCAAGAGAGAGUCCAACUUAGGAGUUCCUGUCGUUAAUAACCAUCUCGUACAUUAGGCUAUCCGUAGCGCAGCGAAGACAGCAGCCCCAACACAACUACCUUACCUAUUCAACCGUUGCCUCUUCUCUUGAUCCCGCACCGCCAGACAUUCUCGACCUGCCCUAGAGAUACGGAGGAUACCGCUCAGUGCAGGGCGGAAG